AUGGUUUCUCGUCUUGGUACUCUCUUUGUUCUCAGGAAAGGUACUGAGGAAGAAUAUGCACAAUUUCCAAUUACGAAAAGAUUAAAUACUUUUGGAAGACAUCUGUCGUGUGAUGUAAGAUUGUAUGAUGAACUUAUUUCACGCCAACAUGCCCGUCUUGAAAUUGAUGAUAAUGGAAAUGCAUUUUUGGAGAAUUUAAGCAUAAACGGCACUUUCGUUAACAACAAGGAAUUGAAUAUUUCUGAAAAUAAGAGGUUCCAAUUAAAUACGGGUGAUAUUAUUAGUCUUGCAGGCCAUAAGUUUCGAUGGGAAUAUCCAAUAGACAAAAAAAAAGCUGAUCAAAUAGUGAUAUAUACUCCUCAAUCAAAAAUGCAUAUUUCUAUUAAAUCAAAGAAAGCAUCUUUAUUAUUUUCAAAAAAUAAAGAUGUUGUUGUUACUCCUUCUAUAAAUAGAGAAAAUCAGCUUAAUCUACAAAUAUCUGCAAAAAACAAUGUUUCAGAAAAUAUUGUAUCAGAAACUAAAGAUUCAUUUGAUAUAAUCGAUUCAAAGUUAGAAAAUGGAAUGACAUCCUUAAAUGAGACUUUUAAUUCAAAAGAUUCGGCUUUAGCUAUUUUAUGUUCUCCAAAGAAAUAUAAAUUUAAUAAAAGUUUUAUCGAAAAUGAAAUACUUGGUCCAGGAGUAGGCAGCAUUAUAGGUCGAGAUGUUCAAAUAAUGGAUAAUUUCUCUAAGUCUGAUUCCAAAUCAAAAGGUAUGAUGCAAAGUAAAAGCACAAGAUUUUUAAUUGUUCCUAAUAUAGCUUUUGUUUUUACCGAUAAAUCUCCAAUAGACGUUUUAGUAUCAAAAAAGCCUUUCAAACCUAUACCUCAGGAUUUCGGUUUAAUUAUGGAUUUUAUAUCAAUUGAAAAGGAUAUUAUUUUUUCCAAUGAAGUUAAUGAACUCGUGAAGAAAGAUUUGCGUGAUUCUUUCUUAAAAGAAAACCAGUUAGAGUUUCAAAAAUAUAAAGAAAUAUUAUCACAUUCAACAUUUUUUUCGAAGAUUCUUCCACAAAAGAAAAUAAAUACAUCUGAAAUCAAUGAUUAUUCUUGUGGUUUUCGAACUCUUAAGUUAGAAGAAAAUUCUUUUUUUAGUCCUCCAAAAGAAAAAUCUUGUAGUAUUUUGCCGAAUAGUCAUCCUUCGCCGUUAAAACAAGGUUCUCCAAUUUUACAUUUUACUAAGAAGUAUUAUAUUGAUACACGCGAUUUACCACCUCGACUUGAAAAUGUUAUAAAACGAAAUAGGUAUAAAAAGAGAUCAAGUUUUUCUUCUUUUAUGGCUUCUAAUGUCUUGAAUAAUCCUACACUUAUGAAUUUACGGCUUAGACGUUCAAUAUCUGAUUCUUCUUUUGUCUCAUCUACCUAUAUUACCAAGGUAAAAUCAAUGACUAAAAAACAUGAUAAUUUACCUACAACUCCUUUGGAAUUUUUAAUUUUAAAUGAUUCCGAAAAAAAGCUUUUGGGAUCAACACCACUAUUUUCCUUGGAUAGUGGUUCUAAGGAAAAUAAUGCUAAUUUGUUGAUGCCAUUAGAAUAUAAUGUAUCUUUGAAAAAUGAUGCAAUUUAUAAUACAGUUUUAUGCGAUUUUGAUAAAAUAAAACAACGUUAUAAUAAUGAUUUAGAGGAUAAUAUUAAGCCAAAGACAGUUUGUCCAGAAUUUAAAACAUUUUCUCCUGGAAAAUGGGCUGUUACAUUUAAUGGUAAAAAGCAAAAGCUUUAUGAGUCACCUAUUCACUCAAUUAAUGAAAAUGCUUUAUUAAAUAAUUUGUCAGUAGCCAAUAUGAAUUGUUUGAAUCGGCAUCCCUCAGUAAGUCGGUUAAAAGAUAUUGAUAAAGUUUUUUCUCCUGGUAAAUGGGCUCUUACUGCCCCUGGGAAAAAAAUGAAGUUGUACCGUUCUCCAAAUAUUCGGACAAAAUCGAUGGAUAAAUUAGCAUGUAAUAGCUUCAAAUCAAAAUUAGUUAAGGAUGUUUCACGAGAAAUGGGUGUUACUUUGAAUUGUAAUUUAGAUAAAUUUAAUUUUGGAAUUGAUAGUUUUCAAAACUUUCAUAUUGAUUAUAGUGAUAAAAAGAAUUUUGAAAUUACGGAUAUAUCUGAUUCUAUAAUUAACGAAAAUGAAGAGUCUAAUAAUAUUUUUCUUUCAUUGAAUAAUGAAGAGAAGGAUUUGCAUUCUAGUAAGAAUUUAUACAUAGACAUGAGCGAGUCUAUUGAAAAUGGUAUGAGUUCGGAAGUUAUUACAAAUAAUAUAGAUCAUAAGAAUAUCUUGAAAAAUAGUCCGGAUGACAUACAAAAACUAUAUAUAAAUAAUAGUGUUAGUGUAAAUAAGUCUAAAGUUAAAUUAUUGGACCAAAAUGUUAGGGAGAUUAAUAUAGGAAUUCCUAAUGAUCAUUUACUUAAUUUUGCUAAAUUGUCUUGUUCAACUGCUAUUGAUCUGGAAUUGUUUUCAGAAAAUACUCAAAAAUUAAGUAAUAAGUUUAAUUUUAAGGAUAAUGAUUCUUUUUCGGAAUUAUUCAAGCAUCAUAUUUUUAAGGAGGAACAAGAAAAAAUGAGUUUGAAUUUAUUUCAAACUGAUAUGCAGAAAUUUCAGUCUAAUGAUAUGAAACUAGUAGCUCAAAUCCGCGACUAUGAUCAGUAUAUUCCUAUAGGUGAAUGUUCUGUAUAUGGUUAUGAGAAAUAUAAUAGUUCUCGGAAUAUGUCCAUUCCUUCAUUAAAAUAUGAUAAUAUUAAAAAUAAUGACUCUAAUUUAAGCAAUUUACUUCUUUUUGACCAAGUUGAAAAUACAAUUUUUAUGGGAUCACCAAGUAACAUGUGUCUUCAAAAUCAACAUGUUCACGUUAACAGAGGGGAUAAGGAUGUCUUUCAUAAGAAUAUUUAUUUAACUAAGGAUAAUACUAAUUUUUUAAAUUUUCAGAAAUAUGAUGAAUUAAAUGAUUUUGAAGAAAAUAGUGUUUUUUUUAAUGAUAUUAUGAUAAAUGAAACAAAUACUUUUUCUGAUGGAGUAGUGAAUGAAUUUACAAAUGAAUCUUUAUUUAUAGAAAAAAGUGACGAAAAUAUCUUUAGAAUGCAUAAUUCUUUGGAAUCUAACUUAGUUAUUCAAGUUGAUCAAUGUUUCCAGCCUAUGGCUAUAAGUUCAUUGUUUGUUGGUGUUGAGGAUAGUAUAAGUAACAAAAAAACUUCUAUUUCGAAAGCACAAUUGCAAAAUAUUGAAAAUGUUUCUAUUGACUUAGCAGAAAAAGCAACUAAACUAAAUGUUUGCAAAGAAAAUAUCGAAGAUUCUACAGUAAGGAAAUCUGGUAAAAAAACACAACUAAAACCAAUUCGUGCAUCAAAUAGAAUAAAGGAAAGGUCUAAAGUUAACAAUGAUGAUGCUAAUAAUAAUCCUCUUAAAAAUUAUAAAUGCAAUACUACAAUUUCUCAAGAAAAGGUGUAUUGUAGUAAUCGUAGAGUAACAAGAAGUCUUAAAAGAUCAAAUUGUGUAAAUGAAAAUAAUGACAAUGUUAUUAAAUUAGCUGAACAAGCAAAAACUUCUAAAAAAAAACGGAAAAAGUCAUUGAUAGAGAAAAGUUUUUUUAUCGAUGUUUCUGAAAAAUUAAAACGAAGUCCUUCGAAAAAGCGUAUAAGAAUAACAAGAAAUACUGCUGCAUUAAAUGGGAAAGCUGUUGAAUCCAAAAAUCAUUUUGAUUCUACGAAUCUUACUAAUGUGAAGAAUUCACGAAAUAAAACACAGGUUUUUCAAAAAAAUGGUAAUAUUACUGCUGAAGUAGCAACUGAAAUAUCUCUAGAACAAAAUAAAAAACAAAAUUUAAAAAAAAGAAAUAUAUCUCGAACUGUCUUAGAUGUUCAAGAAAAAACAUCUAAACGUCGCAAUGUUUCAUCUAACAAUAAUGAUGUAGAACCUUCUUCAGAAAGAGUUCGAUCUUUAAGAAAUAGGCUUAAGUAG